CAAGGGAGGCGGAGGAGGAAGCGAAAAGUUGUGACAGUGCGAUUUAUCUCCAAUUGAGGAAGAUGCAUUCUUCAAAGCCCAGGCUUGUUGUUCCAUAUGGCCUCAAGACUUUACUGGAGGGAGUGAGCAGAGCAGUUCUCAAAACCAGUCCAAGCAAUAUCACUGAAUUUGCAGCUCUCUACUUCAGAGAGCUAAUUGCAUUUAGAGAAGAAAAUCCUAAUUUGGAUAUAACAGACCUGGUUAGAGAAUUUCAUUUCACUAGAGUAGAGGGCUGGACUGAUAGACUGCCAGAAAAGAGAGCUGACCUUGGAGACAUAAGCGUAGUGUCUCCACUUUCCGAGGAACCAAAACGAAAGGAAAAAUCUACAGAUACAGAAGAGGACCAGUUGCAUGAAGGCCCUGAACCUGAAUACAGCAACAAAACUACACAAUACCCAUCGACUCACUGUGAACUUGCAGAAAAUGAACCAUCCCCUACAGGACCUGAAUCAUCCCCUAAGGGACCUGAACUUGCCUAUGUCCCAGCUGAUCCUGCACAGCUUGCUGCACAGAUGUUAGGUAACAUUGAUUCUGUUCAUUCUAUGACGGAUGUGGCAACAAGUGUGCAAUCUUUACCUGAACUGUCUCUGAGCUCAGUGGACACAACAGCUGCACCAGUAGAAGGUGCUGCUGAAGAUGCUACACUUACCCCAGCUGCUGAGGGUUCUGCAGAGUCUGUUAGGUUGGAGUCAGCGGUUCAGAGUCAGGCCUCCAUUGUCCUAGGGUCCUCCAGCAGUCAGGCUGAACAAGCAACAAGUGAUGUAGAUCAAGCUUCCUCAACCCCCUUGCAGGAUGAACCACCACCACCUGCUCCUCCACCACCUCCUCCUAAAGAUCCAUUACAGGCUGUGCCUUCCCAAAGCGAAAUUGAGGUUACAUCAACCAUUCAGGCUAUGCCAAUACAUAGUGACGAGCCCGCUACUGAAGGAGAGGUUCCACCUUACAUAGAGCAGUUUCCGCAGCAAAUAGUCAUUCCCUUUUUAGAACAAGUAGCUUGUCUAAUAGAAAUUCAGCAGCCACUAAUGCCUUCGCUAAAUGCAGGUCAGUUUACAUGCACUAAGCUCUUAGAUCCAUCUGCAGAUGAUGCAGAAUGUGACCCUGAAAGAAUGGAAACUACAGCGCAAAUGGCAUCAGCUGAGCAAGGUUUUAUUAUGUCAGUUGCCAUACCCUUAGACGAGGUAAUGUCCGCAAAGAGGGGCUCAGCAGCUGGUGAUAAACAAGCUGGCAUAAAUCCCUUUGCAGGAAGCUAUGGCAUAGCAGGAGAGAUUACAUUUACUUCUUCCCCGGUCCGCAGAGCAGACUCAUGAGAAGGUUGAGGAGAUGAUGUCAUGUGAACACCCCAGGAUGGAAAUCUGCAUCUUAAAAUAAAUUAACUUAAUACAAGCACUCAAAACUAAUACAAUCCAUUAGAAUGCCUUUUUGUAUUUUGCCAAGGGUCUGGAAAUGCAAACAGAUUAUUGAAGAUAAGUAUAUAAUGAACCAUCCAUGGCGGGGGGGGGGAGGGAGAACCACCAGCAGCACAGGCAAUAAUCAAAACCAAAACCAAAUGCCUCUGCUCCUGAGGGGAAGUAGUGUCUGAGCCCUCUUAGAGAUGUUUAGUUAACAGACAAGUUGAUCAUGUAGCGUGUAAACAUACACCCAUAAAAAACCCUCAAUUUCACAUUAGUUCCACACCAUCUCUUUCCAGCAUAGGUCACUUCUUAUGCAACAGAUAUCGUUAAGCAAUGUCCUUAUAAUUUCUUGUUUUGGGACAUUCCAAGUAUAAGUGAGGUGGUCAAUGAGAUUAAGGGUAAAAAAAAAAUGGCAGAUGCUGUCCUGUACCACACAAGAAGCCAGUGCUCUAGGAGUUUGUUAAAACCCAUUCUAAUGGACCUUAGAGUUGCUAUGAAAAAUACUGUAUAGUGUGGAGCCUCAAGUUUAUUUCAGUCUGUCAGCGGAAACUGAGGGUGGGGGUGGUGUCAUUUCUGGGGGAUUUCAAGUGUUUAGAGAAGAUGCUGAUUUUA